ACCUCAUCUUCCUUCAUCAUGCCGCGAGCUGAGAAGUGGAAAUAAUUGUCAAGCUGCCAGUCAUCGUAAGCAGAGAACAUUCCCAAUAUAGUUGUUAAUUAAUCGGGAAACGGAGUGUAAAAAUGGGAGCUGUGCGUGUCAUCAACGACGACAAUCAUUUCCUUGGGGAAAUGAGUCGUGCGGGGACGAAACUGGUCGUUGUCGACUUCACGGCGACCUGGUGUGGCCCAUGCCAGAGAAUAGCACCGAUAUUUGAACAGCUCUCAACAAAGUAUCCAAACGCUGUAUUCCUAAAAGUUGACGUGGACAAGUGUGCUGAAACUGCUGCUGGUCAGGGCGUCAGUGCCAUGCCGACUUUCAUCUUCUACCGUAAUCGGACAAAACUGGGCUCGUGCCAAGGAGCAGAUCCAACAGGCUUGGAGACCAAAAUUCAGCAGUAUUAUGGAUCAGGAGAUGCAGAAGAAACAGAGGGGCCGAUCGCUGGACAUAUGGAUCUGAGCACAUUCAUUAUGAAGGGGCAGUGCGAAUGCCUGAAUGAAUCCGACGAGCAUCCGUUUUUGCAAUGCUUAUCUACGGAAGGUGGUUAUCUGGAAAGUGACUGUGAUGAACAAUUGAUAAUAUCAAUCACAUUCACACAAGCUGUCAAGGUCCAUUCUCUGAAAAUUAAGGCACCUGCAGGCCAAGGACCUAAGAACUUGAAACUUUUCAUAAACCAGCCAAGAACCGUUGACUUUGAUAUGGCAGACUCUUAUACCAGCGUGCAAGAUGUUUCGUUGAACGCAUCAGACCUCGAGGAAGGAAAUCCAGUACCUUUGCGCUAUGUCAAGUUCCAAAAUGUACAAAAUCUUCAAAUCUUUGUCAAAGACAAUCAAGGUGGCAACGAAACGACGAGAAUUGAUCAUUUGGCAAUCAUUGGUUCGCCAAUCUCAACAACCAACAUGGGUGAAUUCAAAAGAGUUGCUGGUAAAAAAGGGGAAAGUCACUAAUGUAUGAUUCCUUGUUAAUUAUAGACCAAAACUGAACCACGCGAUGUCUUCUGGUAAUCAUAAUCAACAAAUAGGUGAUUAACAAUUAAUUGAUGCAAAACUUGGUGAUUCGAGAGUUGCCUCAGUAGGUGAUGACAUUGUACCUUGUUAUAAAGUCUAUGUGAAAAUAUUAACAAGUAUACUUGAUGAUAAUAUUUUACUACCGAUAAACUUUUUUUUUUUCUAUUAAAUGGAUAUAAAUCCAUAUUUACAAUCAUCUUUAUACGUCCAAAAUGCAAAAAUUGAGAAGCAAGUAAUCAUUGUACUAGUGUGAUAUAUCUUUAACGUUGUUGGUCCUUGUUCUGUGUACAGCUAUAUGGAUAACUUUCAUAUUUUUUUUCUUUAUACUCUGCAAAAUAGGAAUGCAUUUGUUUGUA